AUGCCCGGAGAAGUCGCCCAGACCCCCACUUUCCGGCACGCGUCGCGUCUCCAGGACGGCCGUGCCCUCGUACUCGACGUGUGGUCCGUGUUCAACGCGGCGAACCUGCCGGCAGACACCAUCAAUCUGGGCCAGGGCUACAUGAACUUCGCGCCGCCCGAGUGGGCGCGAGCAGGGGCGGAAGACGCGCUGGCCGGCGUCGACGGCAACCACUACGCGCCGCCCAAGGGCAUCAAGGGGUUCUACGGCACGGAGUUUGGGAAGGAGCUGGACAUUGAGACCGAGAUUGUGGUCACGAGCGGGGCGAAUGAAGGCCAGUACUCUGCGUUCGCCGCAUUCAUCGAGUCCGGCGACGAGGUGAUCAUCUUCGAACCCUUCUUCGACCAGUACCUCCCCUCCAUCGCUUUCCAAGGCGGCAAAUGCGUCUACGUUCCCCUCCAUCCAAAUGAUUGUGAUAACACCCCGCACAAUCCGGUGGGGAAGGUCUUCACGCGCGCAGAGCUUCAGGGCAUCGCCCGGGUAGCCCAAGAACACAACCUGAUCGUCAUGUCGGACGAAGUGUACGAGAAACUCGUCUUUGAUGAGAACGAGCAUGUGCGAAUCGCCGCGCUCCCGGGGAUGUGGGAACGCACAAUCACCGUCGGUUCUGCGGGCAAGCUUUUCGCCGCGACCGGCUGGCGCAUCGGCUGGCUCGUCGGACCCCCGGCUUUGAUUGGCCCGACGCUCGCUGCGUCGACCCGCAUCAUCUUCUGCUCGAAUAGCCCAAUGCAAGAGGCCGCCGCUGCAGGACUGGAACGUGCCGCCGCGCACAACUUCUUUGCGAAGCAGGUCAAGGAGUAUGAAGAGCGACGAAGCGUGUUGGUGGAUGCGUUCGAGAGCCUCGGAUUGCAGUACACUUGGCCCGAGGGCAGCUACUUCAUCCUCCUGGACGUAUCGAGGGUCCAAUGGCCACAAGAUUUCCCCUUCCCGCCCACCAUCCAAGCGCGCGGGCGCGACUUCAAGGCCGCGUGGUUCUUGGCGAACGAGAUUGGGGUCUCUUGCAUCCCCGUGACUGACUUCUAUUGCGAGGAGCACGUCGGCAUCGGCGAGAACUACGCGCGCUUCGCCUUCUGCAAGGACCUCGAUACUCUCCGACGCGCGGCCGAGAGGCUGCAGCGCCUGCGUGAGUUCAUCGUCUAA